GUUGUGGAAUCUAUGUUUAUAAAACGUGUAAAUGUAUGUGUCAGUAGUCUAGCUGAAUGUGGGAAAUUAUUUGUAUUUGAUUUUUUAAAAGAAUAUGCUCUUGAUCUCCUUAAAAUGAAUAUUAUGAUAACGAGUCCUACUG